AUGGCUCGAACACUUGUAGAGAUCUCCGAUACCAUAUUCGUGAGAGGUAAACAAGGAAAAUACACAGGCUCGGCCGUCAAGGCCUCGACGACUUCAAAACGUCCUCCCGUCUACGUGCCUCACGGCAAAGGAGUUAUGAGAUACAAGGACGGCACCAUGUACGAAGGCGAGUGGGACAAUGGGAUAUACUCGGGGCACGGGAAAUACACCACCAAGACGGCCGAAUAUGCCGGCAUGUGGUCCAAAGGCGUCAAGGCCGGCCACGGAAAACUGACGACGAGCGACGGGCGUGUGUAUGACGGCUGGUUCGAGGCUGGCCGAAGAUCUGGAGCCGGUACUCAAAAGAAUAGCAAGACUGGCUCCAGUUACUCGGGCCAGUGGAAGAAGAAUGUGCCAUUUGGAAAAGGUGUCUGGCGCUGGGCAAACGGAGACUGGAUGGAGGGAACCUGGAACAGCAGCCAAGCCAGCGGAAAGGGAACGACGUUUCGUCACUUUGGUAACGGGUCAAUUUAUGAAGGAGAGACGCAGAAUGGGAAAUUCACCGGUAGAGGAAAGAUUACUUAUCGCAAUGGGGGAGUAUAUCGUGGGCUGUGCUUCAAUGGCAUGAGACAUGGUGCUGGAUCAUACAAAUCAAAGGACGGCGUGCUUUACGAGGGGACUUGGUCUAAUGACGCCGAGAAAGGUGUUUUUGUAAUCACCCAUGUGGCCUCUAUUGUUAAGAAGAAGCACAGGUAUUGA